AGUGGAAACGGCAGCCAGAGGACCGGCCGCCCCCUAGACUCCGGCGCGCGGCCCCUCUCGCUGCUGCUCCUCCUCCCUCGGCCUGGGCUCUUCUUCGGCUCCACUUCCCCCUUUCUUCCUCCUUUCCCGGCACAGCGGGGAAAGCCGCGCAGGCGGGCGGGCGAGCGAGCGAGCUAGCGGUGAGAGGGCGGGCGGCCGGACCCCGGACACGGGAACCUCCCAGCCAAUCUAAGCCCCGACAUGAGGGAAAAGGGACGCAGGAAGAAGGGCAGGACCUGGGCGGAGGCCGCCAAGACGGUCCUGGAGAAAUAUCCCAAUACACCUAUGAGCCAUAAAGAAAUUCUUCAAGUUAUACAGAGGGAGGGAUUAAAAGAAAUCAGAAGUGGAACAUCUCCCCUUGCAUGUCUGAAUGCAAUGCUGCACACCAACUCCAGAGGGGAAGAAGGGAUUUUCUACAAGGUUCCAGGUAGAAUGGGAGUAUACACUCUAAAGAAAGAUGUUCCAGAUGGCGUGAAAGAGCUAUCAGAAGGUUCUGAAGAGAGCAGCGAUGGCCAGUCAGACUCCCCAAGUUCAGAGAACAGCAGUAGCAGCAGUGACGGUGGGAGCAACAAGGAGGGCAGGAAGAGCAGGUGGAAGAGGAAAGUAUCGUCUAGACUGUCACAGCCAUCUUCCCCCCAGUCAAGCUGUCCAUCUCCCUCCAUCUCAGCUGGUAAAGUCAUCUCUCCAUCCCAGAAGCACAGCAAGAAGGCACUGAAACAGGCUUUAAAGCAGCAGCAGCAAAAGAAACAACAGCAGCAACAGCAGCAGCAGCAAUGUCGAACAAGCAUGCCCAUCUCCUCUAAUCAGCAUCUUCUGCUGAAGACAGUCAAAGCAGCCAGUGACCCUGUGCCCACUAAACCUGCAGUUUGGGAAGGAAAGCAGUCAGAUGGCCAGUCAAGCAGUCCCCAGAAUUCAAAUUCUAGUUCCUCUUCUUCAGUUAAAGUUGAAAACCCCCUGCCAGGUUUGGGGAAGAAACCAUUCCAGAGAUCUGACAGGCUUCAUACAAGGCAACUGAAAAGGACUAAAUGUGCCGAAAUUGAUGUUGAAACACCUGAUUCUAUCCUGGUUAACACCAAUCUGAGGGCUCUAAUCAAUAAGCACACAUUUUCAGUCCUUCCUGGGGACUGCCAGCAGCGACUUUUGCUUUUGCUUCCAGAGGUGGACCGGCAGGUUGGUGCAGAUGGUUUGAUGAAGCUGAACGGUUCAGCCCUUAACAAUGAAUUUUUCACUUCGGCUGCUCAAGGGUGGAAGGAAAGAUUAUCAGAAGGUGAGUUCACACCUGAAAUGCAGGUGAGAAUAAGACAAGAAAUUGAGAAGGAGAAAAAAGUGGAGCCAUGGAAGGAACAAUUCUUUGAGAGCUAUUAUGGGCAGAGUUCUGGGUUGAGCCUUGAAGAUUCAAGGAAGCUAACUAGUGCUACCAUUGACCCCAAAAUGAAGAAAUCCCCAACUGAACAACCAAAACCCACACCACCUUCAGAUGAACCUCCCAUCAAAGCAGUGAUGGCUGCCCCUGAAGCAGAGUCUAAGCCAGUGCUACUGCUUUCUCCAGUAAGGAAAGAGUCAGGAGUGAGCACAGAAGAAGUGGUGUCCAAACCCUCCAAAUCCCCAGAGCCUUUAGUUUCCUCAACUAGCAGUGUCAUUGAGCAAGAUGAAACAGGCCCUAUCCCAGGCCCAGAGGAUGAGGACCCCUUAGGCCAAAGGAAGCCAGUAACCUCUGCUGAGCCAAAGCCUGAAAAUGAAAAUCAUCUCACUACAGCUACUUCUAUCAUAAAAGAAAGCAAAGACACAGCUAUUUUGACUCCAAGUAAACCAAAGAGCCCAGGAAUUGGAAAACCAGUCAUAGAAGAAAGUUCUCAGGAGAACACUGUGAAAGUUGCCUCUCCCUUGGAGCACAGUGACCUGAACCCAGAAGGUCUCAAGAGGAAAUCUUCACUCACUGAAGAAGAGACCCCCAUGAGCUGGGAGAAGAGGCCUCGUGUCCUUGAGAACCACCAGCACCAGCAGUCGCUUCAAGCCUCUCAGCAGCCCUUUCCCAUCAGAGGGGAAAGGGUCCAGGUUCGAAAAGUACCACCACUCAAGAUCCCGGUCUCCAGAAUCUCCCACGUGCCAUUUCCUACAGGACAGGUCUCUCCCAGGGUUCGUUUUCCAGCCUCUAUCACUAGUCCCAACAGAAAAGGAGCCAGAACCCUUGCAGACAUCAAAGCAAAAGCCCAGCUGGCCAAAGCCCAGAGGGCAGCUGCCGCCGCCGCCGCUGCUGCCGCUGCAGCUGCCUCUGUUGGAGGGACCAUCCCAGGUCCUGGCCCUGGAGGGGGAGGAGAAGGAGCAACAGGAAGAGGAGGGGAGCCAGGAUCAGGUGGAGCCAGUGAAACUGGAAAAGGGAACACACUGGAACUGGCAGGAACUGGAAGCAGGGGAGGUACGAGAGACCUUUUACCCGAUGGUUCAGAGACUCAAUCCCAAAUUGAGACCAAGGCCCCAGGCCCGACAUCACCUCCCAGUGUCUCUAGAGCACAACUACAGCAAGCCCCCCCCUUACCAUCCAGACCUGCAGUCAGUGGAGCAGCCCUCACUAACCCACCCCCCCCAACUUCAGAGAAGCUGAAGAGUGAAAGUCCAGACUCCUCUUUGGGGACAGACAGAACGGUUUCCUAUAGCCCUUCCCAGGUUCCCAGUAACUUCAAACAAGAGAAAGCACCUUCUCCUUCAGCAGGCUCAGCCCUGACCUCAGGGACCCCACCUGCUCAGGUUACAGCAGAAUGCACAGUUGAGCCUAGAGCUAGUUCUAGGAAGGACAUAAUGAGCAUUACCGCUGUAGUAGAGGCAAGUCCCAGUGCUCCUAUGGAGGUGGCUCCUUCUCCUUUGACAACUUUACCAAUAGCAGCCACUUUAGAAAAGCCUAUGCCACCCCAGACAAGUGUUACUGCAGCACCUACUGUAUCAGCUCCAUCCUCUAGCACUUUGCCAACCUCUAGCCUUAAAGCUCAAGGAGCUUCCUCAAACAUAAGCGGACCCACUGCACGGCCAAGCUCUAGUAUUCCUGCUAAUAACCCUUUGGUCACCCAGCUGCUCCAGGGCAAAGAUGUUCCCUUGGAGCAGAUACUGCCUAAGCCUCUCACCAAAGUAGAAAUGAAAACUGUUCCAUUGGUUACAAAGGAGGAGAAAGGGACAGGAGCACCCAGGGACACCAGCAUUAUAGGAACUAGUGCCAGAGGGGAAGGUAGUGAGAGACAGUCUCAUCUGUCUACACCUCAGUCAGAGAAAAUCCAUCAGAGUAAGCAGUUACCCCAGGUCCCAAGGACCCUCCACCUUUUCUCAGGAAAGGACCUGAGGGACUCUAACAUCGAUCAGUAUCCUUGCCAAGAAGGACUUAAUAAGGCAACCCAAGAGCAGCUCCUCCAGACGCUCAUUAAAAGGGUUCAGAGGCAGAAUCUGCUGUCAGUCUUGCAGCCCACCCAGUUCAGCCUCACUCACUCAGGUUUCCAAUUAGAGGACAUCUCUACCAGCCAGAGGUUUAUGCUGGGUUUUGCAGGCAGAAGGACAUCGAAGCCUGCCAUGUCAGGCCACUACUUACUCAACAUUUCCACUUAUGGCCGGGGUUCAGAGAGCUUUAAGAGAGCCCAGUCCAUGAAUUCUGAGGAUCGUUUUUGUUUGAACAGUCCUCCUGAGGCCUUUAAAAUGGAACGCCAGGAUUACAAAGGGGCUACAGCAGAUGGCAGCAGCAGUAAAGAUGAAGAUGAGACUGAUGAAGAGAGUACUGAUGAUGAAGAGGAACAGAUUCUAGUUAAGGAGGAGCCCUUACCUUCCCAGGUUUCUGGCAAGUGCGAAGGAGGCCCAGGGGUCUACAGCAGAGAUACCCUAUCAACGUAUGACACUCUGACCAACAAGAAUAUGAAAGCUGAAGCACCAGUGAUGGGUCAUGCCACUGUCAGCAAGGAGAAUUUCCACCUCUUUCCUACAGGUCAGGUAUUUGAUGGAAACACCCUGGCCAGAGAUUUCAUUCAGGCAGCACAGGAACGAAUGGCCCAUGCAAUGAGGGGAAAGAUGAUAAAUAGUAGGCCUGAGCUAUAUGGUACUCUUCCUCUCCCCACAGACAGCCCUACACAUCAGCCUCUGCUCCUUCCACCCCUGCAAACCCCAAAGCUUUAUGGAAGCCCACCACGCCAGCUUGGGCCCAGCUAUAGAGGCAUGAUCAAUGUCUCUACUUCUUCUGAUGUGGACCACAGCUCUGCUGUGUCAGGAAUGCCUGACUGUAAUCAGGUGUCUAGCAACAUGGGAGAUGUCAUGUCCUUCUCAGUGACAGUCACCACCAUUCCUGCUAGCCAGGCAAUGAACCCCAGCAGCCAUGGACAGACUCUCCCUGUGCAGGCCUUCCCUGAAGAAAACAGUGUGGAGGACUCUCCUUCAAAAUGCUAUUGCAGGUUGAAAGCCAUGAUCAUGUGCAAAGGCUGUGGUGCCUUCUGUCAUGAUGAUUGCAUUGGCCCCUCCAAACUGUGUGUCUCCUGCCUUGUGGUCCGGUGAGAGACAAUGGAAGAGCAGAAAAUGAGAGAGACCCUAGAGGAGAAAGAAGUGGGUAGACAAAUACAUAGGGAGACACAAGUGUGUAUAGGUCCUUCUUUUGGAAUCACAGGAAGAAAUAACUAAUCUCAGUUGUCUUACUUGAGAGAUAAAUGUUACGUAAUCAGGAAUACAGAACACAGUUUUUACCUUUUAAUGGAAGAGCACCUUGUUGUACAGUAAGUCUAAGUCAAGCAAGACUUUGUGAAUUGUGACAAGUUUGCACUUAUAAAAUCAUGUAAAUAUGUCACAUUAUUUUGUUUAAAAAUUAUUUUUCCAAGUGUUUAGGAGAUAAUGUAUUACUGUGGACUCAUGUUUUGGUUCCAGUUCACAUGACUCAGAAAAGCUUGCUACCCUAGAAGAAGAGAGCCACUUCCCUCCCAACCUCUCCCACGUGAGUCAGGCUAAGAAAGGAAGGUAGAGGGAAGGGCCAAAGGUAAUGACUCUCCAUCCUAAUGAAGGCCUUGAAAUUCUGGUUGGAGAAAUUACUUGGCCUCCUUGAAGGAUUUGGGCACAGGACAUACUUAGUCCCUUUGCCUAAGAGAGAGAAUCUUGUUCAGUUUGGACAUUGCUAAGGCAUUAAUUUCACAAAGAGCAUUGCAAACCUUUUUUCCACCAGCUCUGACCUGCUUCUGCUCCUAGUUUCCAGAAGCUGUGUGGCAUAUGAGCACUAUGCUUGUGGAUACUUGCCAUUCUCCCAACCCCACCCACAUGCCCUGAGAUGAAGGGUGCAGCACAUUUAGCUGCCUGCUAGCUUGGGUAGGGCAGUGAUUCCAGCAAUAAUAAUGAGCACUUAGUUAUUCCUGGGAGCUCUUGAGUAAGUUAGCAGCAGACAUUAAAAGACAGUAAUAGAACUUGGGCUAUAUUUCCUUUUGUGUAUGUUUCAAAUUGUGGGGGCAUGGAAGAGCAAAAAAUUGCUCAGUUUUAACACUAGCCUUGAAAUAGCCUCAUCUUUCUUUCUUCAACGAGACACUCAGUGCUAAGCAGACAGUCCUUAGAUAGGAUGAGUGAGUAAUGCCACAGUUGCAGCUUCUGUUACACUCGUUUUGGCCUGACAGGAUACUGUGGGGCAUGUACUAGGCUAAUAAUUUAUAUAUUUUUAAAUUUAUAUAUGUAUAUAUAUUUUUUAAAACACAAGUCAGGCACUUUUCAUAUUUUUGAAAAUACCAAACCCUCAGUUUGUCUGUGUCUGCUCUGGAAAGCCUAAGAGUAAUGAUGUCCACAAAUGAGCAAGGGAGAAACAGCAGAUUCACCUGGGAGUACAAAACUAGAACAGAGGUCUGCACCCUGGCUAAAUAGGACUGGAGGUUAUCAUUGGCUUAGUGGGCCUAGGACAGCAACCAGAAUUAUUUAGCAAAUUUGGGGUGACCUUGAUUUGCAAAAAUCAUCAUGUCGAGUACAAGGCCUAAUUUCAAGUGUAUGAAAUAGAAUUAUCAGUGCAGCUGACAAAUACAACCAGUUACGUUCAGACUUAAUAUUCAGGGCAUGGCAUUUUUGAAAUCCAAAACAUUUUAGAACUAAAAAAUUGAAUUACAUUCCAGAAUAGGAGAUAACACGAGAUACCUAUUUAGUUUACUUGAUCCUUUCCCAUUUUACUCUUUUUUCCCUCUUGUCAUUGUUUAGUCUUAAACUACACAAUCUGAACACCACCCCUACUCUCCCCCCCACCCCCACUCCAUGCCACCUCCCCAUUCCAAACUUUGUAUAAGAUUUAUGUUGGUCUCUCUUUGUUCCCCUGCUUAUGGCCUGAUGCAGUCAUAGGACUGUCUGAAAUUUCGUGCUCCAGCUGGCAUGGUGUUCUUCCAUUGUUGACCCCUAUGCAUGAACAGUCAAGAAGAGGAAGGACUACAGGAAUCCCAAGGUUGGCAGCAGCUGCUCCAAUUAAGUCACACAGCAGGAGGGCAGACUGUCGGUUUGUUCUGCUCUCCACCUGCAGGUAGAAACUCUCUUAGCAGGUUGAGGAGGUUGUAAGUGGAGAAGAAUUUGGCCUGCUGGUGGGUAACUUCAUUCUCUGUCUUCCUGCUUCGUUCCCCAUGCUAGUAGUGUAGGGGGCUCAUCAGCAUAUGGUUCAAGGAAAGUUCUGGUUGGUUCUUAAACCUAGCUACAGAGUUAGCUACCGAGGAAGGGAAACUUCAGGCCACCACAAGGCCAAUCUACAUUGUCUCUUACUUUAUAUUGACUGGUUUAAAAAAAAAGAUCUUGAACAUUAUAACUCUUUACCUAAUGCUCUAACAUGUAAGUUAACUAAAGCAAGCUCCUAAUUUUCAAAAUUUGUUAAAAAAAAAAAACAAGAAAUAGAUGUGUGCAUUUCCCCCUGCCCCCAAUGCAGUGUUUGAAUGCAUUCCUGUCUUGUCUUUUCAGACUGUCACAACUUAUUAAAAGGAUUAAGUCCAUGUCUCUGCUUUUGAGAAUCAUAUAUGAACUACAAGGAAACCAGAGGGUGUAAGGCACAUCCAUUUUCACAUUCUUUGUUGGAAAAUAGCAAUGCAUUGUUCAAGGUGAAAGUCAUGUCUUGUAUAUUAAACAGCAAAAAAAAAAAUACCUUUUUAACUUGGUAUUAGUCUUGAAAAAUGAAGCAGUUAGAGAUGAAAACCUAUUGGAACAUUAUCAGUAGAUAGUGGUUUUCCCAUAUCUUCUGAGAGUUCUGAUUUUGGUUUUAGUUUUAGGGGUUUUUUUCCCUAUCUUCCUUCCUACUCAACUUGAAGUAUUUUCAAGCGAAGUGCUAAGCGUUCUUAUAGAAUAGAGUUAAAUUGCACUACUCCCAUUGACUUUAGUUGGGUGUUGCAUCCCUAGGGGGCAUGCCUCAAAUACACCCCUCUCUAUCCUUCAGAUGCCUUCCAGUACAGGUUCUUCUGCAGGGAAAUAGCAUUAAUAAUACAAUAUCUCCAGGUCUUAAUUAUGUGUGUUCUGAAUCGUUUGUUAUAAAAUGUUUUUGAAUUUGAAAUUGUGCUAGUUAUAAAAACCACACCAUCUAGUCAAUAAGAAUAGAAAACCAAAUAAACAGAUGCCCCAGGUUCUCUGUCCUCCUCCCCCUCCAUCCACAUGCUCGAGUUCUUGAUGCUCUUUUCUGUCAGAUUGAGCAUCAUUAAGUGAGAGCUGGUAACAUUUUCUGCAGCCUGAGAGAUGUUUUGGAAUUUAUUUCUAAAAUUUAAAUAACCAUCCAGGGAAAGACCAAAUCUGCCAGGUAAGAGUUUUAACCAGCACAUUGUUAGUCACCUGGCUUUAGCCAUCAAGAAUAACAAGUUAGUGAUAUUAAAAGUAUAACUGGCAAUUACUGCUUUUUACCACCUUCAGGACCAUGAAAGAGCUCUGUGGUUAGGGCCUUAUUGAAUGUGGCUACCAAAAUGGAGGGGUCUUAAGGGACUCGUGUUCACUAUGUGUUUUGAAGGCUCCACUAACAGCGAGUAGCAUCAGUAUCUUACCAGUGUCUGGCCCUCCUAUAUAAGGUAUACCCUACCGGUUUUCCCAUGACAGCAAAAUGGAAAAGGUCCUGAUUCUGCCCCUUUACUUAGCUCUACAAAGCACUUGGACUAAAACUUGGCCCGGGGGUAGGCUUCGAUUUGGGCUUUCGAAGAGUCCAGAAAGACUUUGGGACACAUGAUAGGCAGGGAUUUUUCCUACCUAAACCUGUUGGAGGGAAGCAACAGGGAUAUUUGCUAAGAUUGAAGUAAUACCUUCAAAGAUUCUUGGUUACUUUAUUUUUAUUAAUCCUAUACAUUUGAUACAAAUAUUGAAGAUCAGUUUAAAAAAAGCUUUCCAAUAAUAUAUUUUAAGUAAUAUAUAUUUUAAUAUCUGUAAAAAAUAAAUUGACAGCAGAAGACUUGUGAAUUUCUGAUACAGGGUAUGUUGGGUUCGGGGCCUCUGUAGAGGCACCUCUCUCCAAGGAAGUGACUGAAGGCACUCAGAUUAUUUCCAUAUAAUGCAAUAAGUAAAGGGGAUAGUUCUGGGGUUUGUUUUUUAUUUCAAAAUAAAUUUGACAUUGUUUACCACAAGCUAUUUUUUUCCUCCUGGCUAUAAGGUUUGUACAAACUGGUUUAGUACAUGCUAAACGUUAGUGUCUUUUGCCUUUUUAAAGGAAUUGUUAACAUUGGAAUUGAGGGUAUGUACAGAGAAGUUGGUGUCGACACCAUUCAUAUUUUUUCACAAAUAAUAUAGAAAAUCAUUUUACAUAAGAAUUUUAAGUAUUUGCAAUAAAUAUAUGUAUAUAGACUGUAUGUAC